AUGGCGGCUAUUGCAAUUAUAUUUCUAUGUCUCCUAGCAGGAGCCCUACACACAAGCCAUGGCUUCAACGGAGACAGUUUCGAAUUAGAAUGCCCAGACGAAUGCGACUGUCAUUAUUUCAGAAUAAACUGGGUCACAGACUGUUCAGAAAGCAACCUAACCGAAGUCCCGUACGACGAGUUAAGUCUCAGCGUGUACAUUCUAGACUUAAACGGGAAUAAUAUAACGAGCCUCAAAUCAUUCCCAAGCGACAUUAAGAUGAGGAGAUUGCAAAUUGCAGAUAAUAGACUGACGAGAGUUGAGCGGCAAGCGUUCAAAGGACUCGAGUAUCUAAUAGAUGUUGAUUUGUCUGGCAAUAACAUAACUUAUGUUGACCCCGAGACGUUUUUGGACUCAAGAGGGCUUCUAAAUGUGGAAUUACAGGAUAAUCCUUUAGGCAACAUCGAAGGAGCUUUUUUAAUAUCGGGUACACUACAGUACCUAGAUAUAAGCAACUGCAAAAUCUCGUUUAUAAACCCGCAAUUUUUCGAUAACAUAACUUCGAUUACAACACUCGAUUUGUCCAACAAUCCAUUGAAUAAAUUAGAUGACGACGUCUUCGACGAUCUCACCAGUCUGGAAACCUUGAAACUGAACGACUGCAAGCUUACAUAUCUCUCUAAAAAUGUCUUCUACGCUCUGGUGAAUCUGAAAAACCUAGAACUAGCAGGUAACUUUUUAUUGGAAACCAACUGGCCGGAAGUCUUGGGAAAUCUAGCGAGAUUGGAAUAUUUAAACCUGCGAAAAUCACAAAUUACUUAUUUAUCUGAGGACACGUUCUCGAAUUGCACAAAUUUGGUAACUCUCGUCUUGGCCGACAAUAAGUUGUUAGAUCUAGAUGUUGCCGCGACGUUAGGAAAUAGCGUCAAUCAUUUAGAAUUGCUCGAUCUGUCCAAUUGCCACAUUAAGGGACCUAUUUCAGGAGAGGCGUUCGCGAAUGCAACGCGUUUGAAAUCUUUGUACCUCUCCGGCAAUCCACUUUUUGCCCCAGACUUGCAAGAGGCGCUUGCGCCUCUACCGAAACUGGAAAAACUAUUCUUGAGCAAUUGCGGCCUGCGUAAUCUGCCGGACAAUUUCAAUGUUUUUGAAAAUCUUGUCGAGCUAGAUAUUUCUCAUAAUCCAUUAGUUAACGUAUUUACUAAGUUAUUGGCCCCCCUUGAUAAUUUGGAAUAUCUUAACAUGGGUUAUAGUAAUUUGUCAUUCGUUGGCCCGGAAACGUUUUCUCACAUGAGUUCAAUGAAACGAUUGGUGCUUUCCGGCAAUGACUUGUUGUCGUUGGAGGCUGGACUUUUCGGCAACCUAACUCAAUUAACUACAUUAGAAUUAGAAUUUUGCGGCCUAAAGAGGCCACUCAAUGCGAACGCGUUCUUUAAAAACCUGACGUAUACAGAUUUGAGAGAAAUCAAAUUGGGUGGCAAUCCUCUCAUAAUUCCCGAAUCUGGGCCUUUAUUCCCGAAACAACUCUCGCAAGUGACCGUCCUCGACUUGAGCAAUAGUAACAUAACCUCAUUAAAUCCAGAUGCAUUCAAAAAUACGGAAAAUAUAACGGACUUAAACCUGUCAGGUAACAAGAUAAGGUCGGGAGAAGGUCACCUAACAUUUUUAGAAAUUCUGCAGCAUCUGGAGAAAAUUAACUUAAGCAACAAUAACCUGACUACAAUUGAUCCUCAAGUGUUCACGCACAAUCCGAAAUUACACUCAUUGAAUUUAAUCGGGAAUCCGUUUAUCUGCGAUUGUAAGAUUGCGGAGAUGUGGGACUGGGCGAAUAUGAUUAAGGGUGACUUGGACGUCCUCGUAGGAGCGAAAAGCGCUGAAAAGGAUAUCGUAGUAAAGGGCAACAAGAAGAAGAAAAACUUGUAUUGUCACUAUAAAGAAUUCAGAAAUAUAACGAUUACAGCGAACAAGACAAUUCCUGGAAGGAGACCUUUCGCUAGGCAAAGGGAAAUCACAUUUGCAAACAGAACCUGGGCCAAAUAUGUAAGAGAAUCUGGUUGUGAGCCAGUUGUGAAGAUUCUGCGGCCCAUUGCAUUGAUAGCCGAUUUAUUUGAGGAUAACGAUAAUAAUAUAUCAAUUACUGCUUUAGUUUUAGCCGCUGUGUCUAUAAUAUUAGGUGCCGCAGCAGUGCUUAUGACUUGGAGGUUAUUUAAAAGAAGGCAAGUAGAUGGAUUCGACACAGAGGAUCAUAGAAAACAAAAUUAA